UGCCGUCUCCCAUUUCCCAUUCACAGAGCGGAGCAGAGCUUUCUCACCCAACUAACAAACACUCUUUGUUUCUCUGCUCCGGCGAUAUCCAUUUCCACCGGCGAAGAUGCGUGAGAUCCUCCACAUCCAGGGCGGCCAGUGUGGCAACCAGAUCGGAGCCAAGUUCUGGGAGGUCGUCUGUGCCGAGCACGAGAUCGACAGCACCGGAAGGUACCAGGGCAGCACCGAUAUCCAACUCGAGCGGGUCAAUGUUUACUACAACGAGGCCAGUUGCGGGAGGUUCGUCCCCCGCGCCGUGCUCAUGGAUCUGGAGCCUGGCACCAUGGACAGCGUCAGAUCUGGUCCCUACGGCCAGAUUUUCCGCCCUGACAACUUCGUCUUCGGCCAGUCCGGCGCCGGCAACAACUGGGCCAAGGGACACUACACCGAAGGCGCCGAGCUCAUCGACUCUGUUCUCGACGUUGUGAGGAAGGAAGCCGAGAACUGUGACUGCUUGCAAGGUUUCCAGGUGUGCCACUCCUUGGGAGGUGGUACUGGUUCAGGGAUGGGAACUCUCUUGAUCUCCAAGAUCAGAGAGGAAUACCCUGACCGUAUGAUGCUCACUUUCUCUGUCUUCCCAUCACCAAAGGUGUCUGAUACAGUUGUUGAACCCUACAACGCGACUCUUUCAGUUCAUCAGCUCGUCGAGAACGCAGAUGAGUGUAUGGUUCUUGACAACGAGGCUCUCUAUGACAUCUGCUUCCGAACCCUCAAGCUCACCACUCCUAGCUUUGGAGACCUGAACCACUUGAUCUCAGCCACCAUGAGUGGAGUCACCUGCUGCCUGCGUUUCCCUGGUCAGCUCAACUCCGAUCUCCGCAAGCUUGCCGUCAACCUGAUUCCAUUCCCACGGCUCCACUUCUUCAUGGUCGGGUUUGCUCCGCUCACAUCUCGUGGGUCGCAGCAGUACCGCGCCCUUACUGUCCCGGAGCUGACCCAGCAGAUGUGGGAUGCGAAGAACAUGAUGUGCGCUGCUGAUCCACGCCAUGGCAGGUACCUCACUGCCUCGGCCAUGUUCCGUGGCAAGAUGAGCACCAAGGAAGUCGACGAGCAGAUGAUCAACGUCCAGAACAAGAACUCGUCCUACUUUGUCGAGUGGAUCCCCAACAACGUGAAGUCCACCGUCUGUGACAUCCCUCCCACGGGGUUGAAGAUGGCCUCGACUUUCAUCGGCAACUCUACUUCGAUCCAGGAGAUGUUCCGCAGGGUGAGCGAGCAGUUCACUGCUAUGUUCAGGAGGAAGGCUUUCUUGCAUUGGUACACUGGUGAGGGCAUGGACGAGAUGGAGUUCACUGAGGCGGAGAGCAACAUGAACGAUUUGGUUUCGGAGUAUCAGCAGUACCAGGAUGCUACGGCUGAAGAGGAAGGGUAUGAGGAUUAUGAAGAGGAGGAGGAAGGUGUAGGGGUAGAGUAUUAGUCUAGUUUGAUGUCAUUAGUAGCUGUAUUUUCAUUUUCCUGUUUAUGCGUUAACUUUGUUAGAAUAUUCUGUCGCUUUUCGUUUCGGUGCUUAUGAUUUUCACCAUUCUGGGUUCCUGAAGAUUCCUAGCUCGGGGGUUUGUCUCUUCUCUGUGAGGGUUUCUGCUUAUAUGCUUAGUAGUUACUGAUUAUGAAACUUCAUUGUUUAUGGCUCUGGUCUUAUUGCCCAAACUUUUUAACCAAAGCCAGCUUGGAAACUUUCUUCGAUGUCCCAUGGUCUCAAUUUCUUGAACCCCAUAGAACGGGCUGAACGCGCUUGGAAAGCACUCAUUUCCUUCCAAAAGUGCUGAGAAUUUCGAUGACCAACCAUACAAUUAACCCGAAAAAAUAAA